UUACAGGAUGCAGCAAACAUUACCAGUGAACUUUUCAAUUAUAUAAUAAGCAACCAGUCAGCAAAGAAGGGCAUUAACAUAUUGAUAGCUACUCAAGAACUGGAGUCAUUUGCAGUUGACUACGGCAAGAUUCAUUACCAAGCUAAUGGAAGUGCGAUCAUUUCCCAAAAAUAUUUUGGUGGGUAAUGAAUUAAACGAGAAGAGAAGAGGUUCAAUUAAGCCUUCUGAGUGCAUCUUAUUUUAUUAUUCAUUUAAAAUAUUUCGCCGUUUCUGAUUGGCUCUAAUCCCCGACUAAGUCUUAAAUUGGAAGAUAGGAACAAAUAUAUACCAUCAAACAUAAAAAUCGAGUUUCUUUCUGUUAAAUGAUCAUUAUAACACUCAGCUUAACAAGAAAAAAAAGCAGACUGCGGUAAUAAACAUAUUAAGUCUUAUAUUGUAUAUAUCGUAUAUACUGAUGUCGAAAGCAAGAAAAUUACUAACUAAAGGAGAGUCGCUCGCCGCCACGGUGAGAAGUACUUUUAUUACCUUUGUUUAAGGUAUGGAUAUUCCAUUAGUUAAUUCUUUGGUUUAUUUUUUAUUACGUUUGCAAUAAAAUGCGUCGUGUGUGUGUGUGGGUGCAUUUAUUUAGUCAGUUAUACUAUUCUCUCUUAGCGAUGAAGAUCCAACGAGUAUCAACGAACACCAAAGGAGUUAUCAGUUUCUCUUCAAGCGAAACAAAUUUCUCUGGAGGAGAAGAUAACGCAAACAUUUCUAUACCCUCAGCAAUUUUCCUAGGAGAAGGUAUAAGAUUUCGUGCUUUUGAUGUAUUGCUGAUACCUUCUUUGUUGAGGUUGUUAAUAGUUUAAAACGACCGAAAUGCCACAUGAUGAUAACAACAAAAGCAACAACAACAACAACAAUUUUAUUUGUAUUCAAAUCUGAUUGGCUAUCAAAUGCCCUGAUUUCAGCCUUAAUAGGACAGUAGGCGUCAUGCCUAAGUAAUUGGACAGUACGCACCAUUAAGCGCGCUUGCUGCCACCAAAAGGUCUAGGAAUUUCUUGUGUUUUGAUUUAAAAAUAAAAAGAGUUUGUUAAAGUUAUGAUUAAUUGGUAACUUCAUGUCGUCCAAUUCGGUCUGUAAUCAUAUUCGUGAUAAAACAAAUUGCACUCCCCCUGCGCGGUCAUCCGAUUUUAUUAAUCACGAGUAUGAUUACAGACCGAAUUGGACUCCACUCAGUCCUGUCUAAUGCACGGAGUCUCUGUAGGUUCAGUUUAUCUUCAAGAACCUUUUCAAGCUUCUACGUAGCCAGGUUUUAUAUUGAGUUACGGCGCAAAAACAAAUAAAUUAACACAGAAAAUUCAACGAAUUUUUGAAGCAAAUUCAGAAAAUUUCGAUAAAUCGACGUACACGUACCUCAUCUUGCAUGACUUCUGACCACUGAAUUACUAUGCGCGGAUGUAUAUACGAAAACCAUUAUAAAUUUUGUUUUUUAAAAACUAACCCUACUCUAGACAAAAACUCCAUCUUUGACAAAGAAGGCGCCUUGUGAUCUUGAAGAUUCUUUAUUCUUUUUUAAUUGGUCAGUUUAUCAUUUUGAUAAAAAAUAUAAUAUGUUCAUGAAGUAAAUGAGCAAAAUGCUAAUAAUAUAAUUAUUACUUAGAUGCUGUUGUUGUGAGCAUUCUUUAUGAUGGUAUCGAGCAAUGGUUCUCCGAUAAAGGAAAGCUGGAGAAAGAAGGGUUAGUUUCUUUAUUUUUGGUUUGUUUCUUAGUAAUUUAUUCAUCAGGCAUUCCCUUUUUGUCGACUUAUAUUCAGUACUUAUUUAUUGUUUUCCUCUCAUAUAUAAGGUAAUAUAUUAAAUUUAAAUUCUAGGUUAACACCAAUCUCAACACAAGCAUUAUUAUAUAGCUUAAUCUUUUCUUUUUUUUUUUUUUUCCACCAUAUAUUAUGUAUUCUCUAUUUUCCAAUUGCCCAUAAUACACUCUGUUUGCUCCCCAAAUUCUGCAUAAACCAUUGUUUUUAAAUGCUCCUGGGAGUUUGGCAUUUUCCCAAGAGCAUUUUAAGACAAUAAGUUAUGCAAAAUUUGGGGGGUAAGCAGAGUGUAUUAUGGGCAAUUGGAAAAUAGUCAAUAGGAGCAUUUUUCCUAUUCAAUAUAUAUCGGGGUAUAGUAAUUGAUGAAUAGUGUAUAUUUUAACCCAGAUCAUUUAGAUAAUAUAAGCAGUUCGAGUUAAGACGAUGGCGAUGAUGCUUAUAAUAACCGAGUUUAUACAAUAUAGUCAGUCUGUAUAGUUCACGUCCACUGAUCUGGAAACUUCAAGUGAAAACAGUUUACGUUUAUUCUCUUGUGUUUAUUUUUUUAGUCAUUUAUUUCUUUAUUUAUUUGUUUAUUCAUUUCGGCGAAACUUUAACUAACCUCCGGCUUAGGAGACCAAUCAUAUCCAGCACUGUAAAUCCAGCGCCUUCUGGUAUUCUCGAGGAAAACGUCACCAUUUCAUUCAGUUACGAAAAGGUACAUGAAUGGUUACAAUAGGUGAAUACGUUCUUGUAAACAAAGAAGGUUAGAAAAUGAUUAAAAUUGGGAAGCAGAUUUAUAUGAAAAUUGGUGAAAGUUAAUAUUUGGAAAGAAAAUUGCCACAAACAGAUAAAGUUUACAGCCUUAUAUUUUUCCUUUAAAUCGUCGACAUCGAGAGCUUACGGUUUCAAAUUAAUGAGUACCAAGUUGGACGAGCGCUUAUCAUUACGGGUGACCAUCUUGGUUUCAAAUAGUAUAAUACUAUGAACUGAUACGAUUUGUUUUUAUUAUUAUUAAUUUCACUCUCUUUAUUCCCCUCAGAAACUGCAAGAUGAACACAAUCCUUACUGUGUAUUUUGGAACUUCACCCUUAAGUAAGUAAUAUAUAGAUUUAGCCAGGGUUAAAAGCGAAGCUCUCAUUCAUUACUAUAAAUACUUAUAGUUCACUCAAACCAAAGUAAAAUCGUGUAAUGCUAAACGGCCAAGGCAACGAUAACAAAAAAGGUCUAAUUAGCAAAAACAACAACACCUUUGCACGAGCAGCUCACUUGUUUUGUACAUUGCACUAGUACUUUGGACAAGCAGUUUAAAAAACGCGGCCUUAAUUAGAUUUAUGAACCAUGUAUUAAACAGUUGUGAUACCUUUGGAUUAUGAUGCCAAAACGCCGUUUUUUUUAGAUAUUUUCUCUUAUCCUUCAGCUUUGAAUCUUACUUUUUUAGUGUAACAAGUUCCUAUUUUUUGCCCAUUGUUAUCACAGUUCACAAAGCAUCUUCCUUUCCCUGUUUUGACGAUAACGUUUAUAAAAACUGAACGUUUUGCUUUUGUUUUCAUCUCAGAUCGAAGAACAACGGUUCUUGGUCCUCUGUAGGAUGCAGGUUGGUCAAGAAAUCCAAUAGGCAAGUCACUUGCACUUGCAAUCAUCUCACAAACUUUGCUGUUCUCAUGCAAGUAGGAGGAAAUAAAGCCAGUAAGAAGGUAUCCCGCUAGUUUGACCUAUGACAGUUAUUUUAAAUAUUAGAAAGGAUGGUUUGUAGACAAAAUAAAUUCGGAAAGCUUUAGAUGGUGGGAGUGCUUCUUAUGCCGCUGUUUCAGCUUGUUUUCGCUGCCGCGGAUGAUCACGAACACGACGACCAAUAGGACGGUGAUGGCUGAUGAUUUUUAUUUAACUCGUGUUAUUUUGAGAAGAAGUGCUGAAACAUAGUUGCAAUUGAUGGAUACUUUAAAAUGAGAACUAAUAUGUUAAUAAGUUACGCAGAUUUUCUAAUAACAGAUUAUGUUAAUAUAUGUAUAACUUGAAAAUAAUUCCCACCAAUAAUCUGUUGAUGUUGUUCUUCAGCAGCAUGAUUAGAAAAAAGUAAAAGUAUUGUUCAAUUGAGGCCCAAAACUACUGUUUUAAAAAAUGAAAUUGGCACCCAAGCUUUCCCCGAUCAAUGGCAUCAUCAGGGAUGAUUCCCUGAUGAUGCCGGUUGAUCGGCGAAAGCUUGGAUGCCAAUUUUAUUGUGUAAAACAGCACUUUAAGGCCUCAAUUGAACAAUGUUUUUAUUUUUUAAUUCCCAAAAAUUUUAUCAGAAUUUAUGAGCCAGUUUUGCUUAUUAACAGCCCAACAAGAUUUUACCUCUUUUUACUCUUGGGGUGUGUUCGAAUGAUUGUAUUUCGAAAUAGAAACAAAUGACAACAUCUAGAAAGCUGCUUAAAAUAAAAUAUUUCGAUGACUGUAGCAUUCAAUUGAUCCAAAAAUCAAAAAUUUCGAGUAUUCUUAUUCCGGCUGAAUACGAACGAUAUUAAAGCAAAAAUAUUUAUUAAGUAAGAAAAUAAAAACAAUCAUUUUUUUUUUCUUUCCUAGCAAAUUUCAAGAGACCAUAAAGUACCUUUGGAAGUUAUAACUUACGUUGGGUGUGCCCUGUCACUUGUUGCAGAAGCGCUCACCGUUGUUGCAUAUUGCCUUCUCAUGUAAGUUGCAUCGGGAACAGCUUAGCAUGAAAAAAAAGAAGUAUGGUCAUGUUUAAAAUCAAGGCUUGCCAGGUUGCCUUUGUUUGCACUGUUUAGGUUCCUCCCCCUUCUUCUUCAUCCAAGUGUUAUUUAACAGUUAUCCCUCGAGCCCGAAUAGGCUCUGAGUCAAUAGUCCAUGAGGUCGAAGGCCGAAUGGCCUAUUGACUCAGAGGCCACGAGAGCGAGAGGAAUAAUUGUUUUAAUAAAAUUCAACUAGUUGGUAAAAAAUAUCGAGACAAAACAGCUUUAACUAGCAAAACGCGAUUCAGCCGCCAUUGUUUAGGUUUUCAAAGCCGGCGCUUUUCGCUUCUAGUGGGCUAUAACAUAUAGCCUAGAAGUAGCUCAACCAAUCAGAACACAGCGGAUUGAUAAUAGACCACUAGUUGGAUUUUAUGCGUUAUGUGGUAUUGUUCAGCGCUUAUUUGUUUAAGCUUUUCUAUUUUUCUCUCACAGGAAUUUAAAACAAGAACAAAUUCAAAUACGUCUUAACCUCGUGGUUGCCAUAGCAAUCGCGCAAAUAACCUUCCUUGCUGGGAUUAAUGCAGCAAAACCGAAGGUGGGUCAAAUAAAAGCAGGUUAUCAUUUACUCAUCGUUCCUUACGUCUAGUUUCUUGGACACGCAAACUUUCACUGAUUUUGAAUAGUCCAGUUUCGAAUUAGUCGCGGCCAAUGGGAAGCACUGAAGACUCAUUUAUACAGGGUUAGCCUCGACCUAAGGUAAAUAUAUUAACAAGACCUGUGUACAACUGUGUCUAUUAUUUUAAACUCAAAUUCAGGCACCUUCUAGCCAAUACUUGUGAAUAUUUUUCUUUAGGUCAAGGCUAAACCUGUAUAAAUUACUUCAUUAAAAUUGCUUCAAUUUCAGCUGUUAAAGCGGCAAUUGCAAAUUAGAAACUGGACUAUUCCCACAAUUCAAGUCGAUAUUAAUUACCUGAUUUUCCAUCUUCCUCAGGCCGUGUGUGUGUUUGUAGCAGCCAUAAUUCAUUAUUUCUAUACGGUGGCGUUUGCUUGGAUGUUGUUUGAAGGUGUUUACCUGUAUAUGAUGGUGGUCAAGGUUUUUAAUACAGUCGUCAGGAUGCGCCUUUUCUACAUAAUAUCAUGGGGUGGGUGCUUGAUUUUAUCUCUGGUAGACAUAACUCUGAUCGAUAUCUAG